AUGGACUUGGAUGAUGACGGGAGGUUAAAAAAUAUCUUCUGGGCAGACCCCCGUAGUAGAGUAGGCUACCAAUAUUUCACGGAUGUCGUAACUUUCGACACCACAUACUUGACAAACCGAUAUGGGAUGCCCUUUGCGCCAUUUGUUGGUGUAAACCACCAUGGACAGUCAAUUUUGUUGGGAGCUAGCUUGAUUUCCUCUGAGGAUACUAAGACCUUAUUGUGGUUAUUCCAAACAUGGUUGCAGUGCAUGGAUGGUAUAGCGCCUCAGGCUAUUAUCACUGACCAAGACAGAGCCAUAAAAAAUGCAAUUGCAAUUGUUUUCCCAGAAAGCCGACAUAGAUUUUGCCUGCGGCAUAUCCUGAAGAAAGUUCCUGAAAAGCUUGGCUAUUAUGGUUCUUACAAAAUUGGAAUGAAAACUGCACUGAUGAAAUGUGUGUAUGAUACCCAAACACCGGAAGAGUUUGAAAAAUAUUGGAAUCAGUUGAUUAGCAUGUACAACUUGCAUGAGAAUGUCUGGUUGCAGAGUUUAUACACUGAGUGUGAGCAUUGGACAAACUUAAAAGAGUUUGUCGAUCAGUAUGAUAAUGCCUUGAAAAGGAAGUUUGAGAAUGAAAAUUAUGCGAACUUCCAGUCAUUUAAUGUCACAAUUCCCUGCAUCUCUAGAUUUCUAAUUGAAAAGAGAUAUCAAGAUCUAUACACAAAUGCUAAAUUCAGGAAAGUUCAACACCAACUUACCGGCAUUAUCGACUUGGACCCAGUUUUACUUAAGGUGGAUGCUACAAUCAAGACCUAUCUGGUAGACGAUGAAGUUCGUCUCGAAGAUUUCACUAAGCUGGUUACACAUUCAGUGGAUUUUAGUGAGGACGAUGUAGUUGCCAAGUGUUCUUAUAGUUUAUUUGAAAUGAGAGGGAUGUGUGCCGACACAUCUUUGCCGUCUUAA